GGACGCACAUUCCAAGUGGCCUGAAGUGCAUAUUAUGGACAGUACCACAGCUAACAGGACCAUUCAAGUGCUGAGGGGACUUCUUAGUCGCUAUGGCACCCCCCACAUUCUUGUCAGUGACAAUGGACCUCAGUUUUGUUCAGAAGACUUCAGUGCGUUUCUGAGGUUAAAUGGAGUCAAACACAUUCGAUCUGCACCAUAUCAUCCUGCCACCAAUGGUUUGGCUGAGCGUUUUGUGCAAACGUUCACGCAUGCAUUGAAAUCCUCCAAAGGUACGGCACCAGUGCAGUGCAACGUCUGGAUUCAUUUCUGCUGACCUACCGCAACACCCCCCACGCCACGACAAAGGAAUCGCCAGCCAUGCUGUUCCUUGGACGCAGGCUGCGUUCGCGGCUGGACUGUUUGAAACCCAGUGUUGCUGGGGUAGUACACAGGUCACAGGAGGCUCAACAACUACAGCGCCAACACGCUAAGGACAGACACUUUGUUGUUGGGGAGUCAGUGUUGGUGCGCGACUAUCGGAGGGGGGGAAGAGAAGUGGUCACAAGGGGUUGUAUUGGAAAAGACAGGUCCAGUGUCAUACAAGGUAAAUGUGGGAGAACCAGGUGUAUGGAAAAGACAUGUUGAUCAGAUGUUGACACGCCCAGAGUCUGAGUUGAAGUCUCAGGACACAACAGUGCACCCAUCCAUAGGCCCAGUGUUACUGCCUCACAGUGCUAGUGAUCCACAGCCUAACACUGAGAAAACUCACUCUGAAAAGAAGGAUGUAUGGAUUGGAGUUACUGAUUCACCUAAGAGCAGUCAGAUUAGUGAACCUACGAAGGAUAGACAGACAGGGAUGACGGCACAAAUUAGACGCCAUCCUGUGAGAAUCACUAAACCAGCAGCUCGUUACCGUGAUGAGUAAAUUCACAUGGCAUAGUUCAAAUAGAGAUGCAAUGUUGAGUCAUCAGGAGUAUUGUUUCAGUAUAGUUACUAGUUGAAUGGUCAAUAUGUUCUACGUACAAGUAUAAAGAUAUAGAUAGAUAAAUUGUUUGUUGACAACAUAUCUUAGUGGGGAGGAAUGUUGUGUAUGGGAUUGAUGGACGCCAUGCUGAGACUGAACAUUAGGUGGCGUCUGUAUUGUUUGAGUGUUGUGUGUUCUAUCUGGAUAAUAAACACGUUGUUCACUGUCAGUAUCAGCUGCUGUAGUUUCACCAGGCGGUGCCAUCACGGUCUGAGAGACCACCACACACCUGUAGGCUGCUUCAAGGAAGUCUGAAAAUAGGUGGCACCAACAGGUCGGACCAGAUUUGGGCACAGUCAUGUGACUCCAAAUCAAAGCGCUGGAUAGUGUCGAUAGUGUUGAUCUGCAGAGGGAAUCCUUGCCCUCCUCCUCCUCCUCCUCCUGCCUGGAGCUCCUGAGGGAUCCUGCUACUCUUCCCUGUGGACACACCUGCAUGUUUCCAGUCUCUCGAGCUCCGAUCACCCAGGCGGUGGUGGAACACACACACACACACACACACGGUGACUCACUGCUGUGGAUCAUCGAACACAAUCUGAGGUCACAACUUUGGACCGGAACAACUGAGCUCCGACAUGGACCCGAGACUGAGGAGGGGAGCCUCGCUGACAGGUCUGAGCUGCAGCCAGCAGCACCUGGACCUGGACCUGGACCUGGGCCCAGCUGUGUGUCUCUGAAGAGUGAUGGCUCCAUGUUUAGACUGAAUGACUUCCGAGGAGGAGCGGAGUCUUCAGGUCCGAGAGAGGACCAUCAGAGCUCUGAGCUUCUCAGUGGUCAGCAACAUCCGGACUCUGCACGGCAGCGGCUGGAGGAGAAGUUCCUCAGCUAUGUGAGCAGAGUCUGGAGGCUCCUGAGUCCAGGUGAGCCAGAACCUCCAGAGACUGAGGAAGAGGAGCAGUGGAGGAGCAUCAGGGAAGAAUUCCUGAAGAUCACAGUUCACCUGCUGAGGAACAUGGAGGAGGAGGAUCUGGCCCAGCGUCUGUGGAGCAGAAGUCUUGCUGCUGACUGUGCAGGGCGACUGAAGAGGAGGCUGAAGGAGCAGUUCCACAGUGUGUCUGAGGGGGUCGCUAAAGCAGGAAACUCUGCCCCUCUGAAUCAGAUCUACACAGAGCUCUACAUCACUGAGGGGGGCACAGAGCAGGUCAACCAGGAGCACGAGGUCCGACAGAUCGAAGAAGCAACCAGGCAGCAGACCAGACCAGGAACUACCAUCAGCCCAGAAGACCUCUUUAAAGCCUCAGCUGACACAGAGCGACCAAUCAGGAGCCUGCUGACGAAGGGCGUGGCUGGCAUUGGGAAGACCCUCCUGACACAGAAGCUGACUCUGGACUGGGCUGAAGACAAAGCCCACCAGAACUUCCAGCUCAUGUUUCCUUUCACCUUCAGAGAGCUGAACCUGCUGAAAGAGAAGAAGUUGAGUUUAAUGGAACUUGUUCAUCACUUCUUUCCUGAAGCCAAAGACUCAGGACUCAGCAGCUUUGAAGGAGUCCAGGUUCUGUUCAUCUUGGACGGUCUGGACGAGUGUCGACUCCCUCUGGACUUCAACAGUCGGGUCCUGACAGCAGCUACAGAGUCCACCUCAGUAGAUGUCCUGCUGACCAACCUCAUCAGGGGGAACCUGCUUCCCUCAGCUCAGCUCUGGAUCACCACACGACCUGCAGCAGCCAAUCAGCUCCCUCCUGAGUGUGUGGACAGGGUGACAGAGGUCAGAGGGUUCACUGACCUCCAGAAGGAGGAGUACUUCAGGAAGAGGUUCAGAGAUGAGCAGCAGAGCACCAUCAUCUCUCACAUCAGGAGCUCACGAAGCCUCUACAUCAUGUGUCACAUCCCCAUCUUCUGCUGGAUCACUGCCACAGUUCUGGAGGACAUGUUGAAGAGCAGAGAGACCAGAGAGCUGCCCAAGACCCUGACUGAGAUGUACAUCCACUUCCUGGUGGUUCAGGCCAAAGUCAAGAAGCUCAAGUACCAUGGAGGAGCUGGGACAGACGAGGUUUGGACUCCUGAGAGCAGGAAGAUGAUGGAGUCUCUGGGAAAACUGGCUUUUGAGCAGCUGCAGAGAGGAAACUUGAUCUUCUAUGAAUCAGACCUCACAGAGUGUGGCAUCGACAUCACAGCUGCUGCAGUUUACUCAGGAGUCUUCACACAGAUCUUCAGAGAGGAGAGAGGACUGUACCAGGACAAGGUCUUCUGCUUCGUCCACCUGAGUCUUCAGGAGUUUCUGGCUGCUCUUCAUGUCCACCUGAAGUUCUUCAACUCUGGAGUCAAUCUGCUGGACUCACAACAAACACUUGAAACCAAACAUCCAGAACAGUUCUACCAGAGAGCAAUAAAUGAAGCUGUAGAAAGUCCAAAUGGACAUCUGGACUUGUUCCUGCGCUUCCUCCUGGGUCUUUCUCUGCAGACCAACCAGAGGCUCCUUCCAGGUUUGUUGACCCAGACAGGAAGUGGCUCCCAUCAGGACACAGCAGAGUUCAUCAGGAAGAAGAUCAGUGAGAAAGUGUCUCCAGAGAGAAUCAUCAAUCUGUUCCACUGUCUGAGUGAACUGAAGGUCACUUCUCUGGUGGAGGAGGUGAAUCAACUGCUGAGAUCAGGAGCUCUCUCCACAGCUCAGCUGUCUCCUGCUCAGUGGUCCAGCCUGGCCUUCAUCUUACUGUCCUCAGAGGAAGAUCUGGACGUGUUUGACCUGGAGAACUGCUCUGUUUUAGAGAAGGUUCUUGAGAGGCUGCUGCCGGGGCUCCAAGCCUCAAAAGACGUUCAACUGAGAGGGUGGAGCCUGUCAGAGAGAAGUGGUUCCCUUCUGUCCUCAGUCCUCAGCUCUCCGUCCUCUAGUCUGACACAACUGGACCUGAGCUACAACAAGCUGAAGGAUGCAGGAGUGGAGCUGCUGUCUGCUGGACUGAAGAGUCCACACUGUCACCUGGAGACUCUCAGACUGAGCGACUGUAGACUGUCAGAGAGAAGUGGUUCCCUUCUGUCCUCAGUCCUCAGCUCUCCGUCCUCUAGUCUGACACAACUGGACCUGAGUGGCAACAUCAACCUGAAGGAUGCAGGAGUGGAGCUGCUGUCUGCUGGACUGAAGAGUCCACACUGUCACCUGGAGACUCUCAGGUCAGAACACAUCAUCUCCUCAUUCUUUGUCCUCAUCUGUGGUGAGCAUUGGAAUGUCCAGUUGCAAGCCUCACUGGAUUCAAGCAGCUGGUCUCAGAGGAGAAACUCAGAGUCACUAUUCUUUGAGAGAAAACAAUGUUUUUGUGAACAUCCAUUCAUAUUUCUAAUGAAAUGUGACUUGUAUGUGUGAACUUUGAAUGACCCCAAUGUGUCCCACAUCCACAAUGGACACAGUCACGUCACAGUCAGUAUCAGGUGAUUCUGGAGUUGUUGUCCUACAGGAGCCAGGCACAUGCGCUACGUCACUGUUUGAAGGAGAAGGUGAAAGCCCUGGUUUUCCACUGAUGGUGGUUUCACAGCUUUAACGCUUCCAUUCAGUCCGAUGGUUUUCACUGUGAAGCCUCCACUGCAGCUCUGUCGUGUCCUGGCUUCAACAAAGCAUCAGGGUUCAGAUCAGUGUGGUGUGUUGAAGCAAGUUUUCCAACCUUUGGCAGCUCUUCAUGAUGCCUGCUCUUUCAUGUGUGCUGAAAAACACUCUUGUUUUCAGCCUCUAGUUAGUGAGUGACACUGUCACUACAUGAGAUAUGAAAGGUGAAUAAAUGUUGUCAAAUGUUACAGUUUAUCCCUGUAAAACAUCAAUGAAUAUCAACAAAAAAUAUAUUUUAUAAAUGUUUUUUUAAACAUUCAAAAUAACUGUUGUGGUUCUGUGAAAAAUACCUCCAAAAUAGGGAUGCUCCGAUCGAUCGGUCACCAAUCAUGAUCAGCCGAUUUCAACGUGAUCGGUGUUUGCUGAUCACUACCUGUCACUGUCGAUCACAUGUGACAGCCGGCGCUCUGAUGAAGCCCCGCUGGUUGAGACGUGUCCACUCCUCCCUCCUGGCUGCUCACUCAGCAGCAGCACGUCUGCUGUGGAGCUUCUGUCAUGUCAAGUUAGCAUCCGGCAGCACAUGCAGGGGACAAUGCUGCGCAGGGAAGCGCCUUCAAAUGAAGCAGGCCAUGUAAAGCUCCAGCACUUGACGUCUGUCUUCUUGAAGUGGGAUAUUAAAACGUGUCUGAAUGAAAAUUAUUUAAUGGCUCAUGUUUUCACAUCAGGUACACAGAAGGUCUCAUCAUUCCGAUGACAAAUUCAUUGUCAAUCGGUGUGUGUGGUAUUGGUGAUCGGCAGCCAAAACCCUGAGCUCAGCAUCCCUCCUUCAAAAUCAAGUGUCUUGUUUUUCUGUUGACAUGUUUAUGAUGUCAUGGUUUGGCAGCAUUUCACUGUCAUUUUUUACAGUGUAGGUUGAGGGUUUGAGGCUGGGGAAAGGGUUAUGUCAAUGAGACGACCCCACUAAGACAGCAGUGCACGUGUGUGUGUGUGUGUGUGUGUCAGGGGAGAGUGUUUUCCAAAUACAUGUAUAUUCCAACCAUACUGUGAUGAUGAUCUUCUGAAUGGAAAGAGUUCAGUGUGUCCUCACAUCAAGUCUUUCAAGUCUUGUCACAAUAGAGGAUUGAAAAAGU